AAAAAUGUGACUUUGCCAGGCAUAGGAGUAUCUGAUGACUGCCUAAUAUGUUUUACAACUACGUCUGUGAGCUCUGUCCCAGAUGCCACAUUAUUCUCCUGGGGCAUUGGGCAGAUCUUACUUCAAAAAACAGCUGAAAAAGGAGACGAACUGAAAAAAGCAUUUCAGAUGCUUGAUGUUGGUCAGACCCUGACAGUCACAAAGAGUGAAUUCAGGAGAGUGAUUGAAACCUUCCUCUUCUAUCUAGCAGAAGCCGAAUUUGAUGCUGUGCUGGCAGAGAUACGCUACGUCAUUGCUGCUGAACAGCCACAGUCACCAAACAAUGAUGUUAAGUCAUCUGGAAUUCCUGCUCAAGGAGAAAACGUGUUGGCCAGCAUAAUUACAGAAACCACGUGCUGGGGUAGUGGUUCAUUUCAGAGUGCAAUUUCACUGAUUUGGCUGCUAGGAGUGCAAAACAGGGACAGGAUCUGUUCCCUAAUAAUACUUGCAAAAGGAUAUGGCACCAUAGAAAGGAUCCUCAACUUCAGUGACAGUGUUCCUGAAGAUUGCAAAGAAUGUGAAAACAUUGUCAGGUGCUGCAGACUUUUUGACUAUACCUGUGCCAGAUGGAUACAGAGGCACACGCUAAGACAAAUUCUUGAGACCACCUGUUUUAGGAUGAAGGACUCAGCAUUUGAAAAGCAAACUCACAGAAUGACAUCGGGGGUGGACGUUCUUGGCCUCAGGCCUGAGACAGGGUUGAAGAGUCUGCAUGGAGAUGCUGGUGCCUGCUCCAUUCUGAAACUCGAACAGAAGAGACAGCUGUGGAACCAUUACUGUGUUACAGACUAUAAUAUGAUGGAUUAUAAAGAUUUUCUGAAGAAUUUUGGCAUCUGCGUUCAGCCUAUCAGGACAUUGAAAAAAGACUUCAGAGCAAUUGAUGUCAGUUGGAGUGGAUUUGUGUCUUUGGAUUACUUGAAGUCAGUCAUAAAUGGCUUUAUAUUUCCUUAGCCAAAAACUUUUCAAGAGCUAAUGAAUAGAUUUGGACUGAAAGUCUCAAGUGAAAUUGCUUGGCAAAAAUUUUUAGAAAAAUUCCAGAAUUCUGGGACCACCUUUGAAAACAGACAGACAAUUCCUAAAAUAGAUAUAAAGAUCACAAGAAAUUACCUUCAUCAUGUUUUAUGUGAGUUGGUAUUUCAAAUACAAGAUAAAGACUUCCAGAAGUUAACUGAGAUAAUUGAUCCAGAAAAGACUGGAUACCUUGACUACCAUGAAUUUUUAGACUUGUUUGAAGAAAAAGAAUCAGGAGAUCCUAAGUGUACUGGCACCAUUAACAGAAGUCGUCUAAGAAAAGUCCUACAGCUGUGUUGUCCCUCUUUGUCAGAUCAACAGUUUAUGAAAAUUGAAGUUGUACAGAAUAAAACUGUAUCUAAAUGGCUUCCUGUAAAUGUGUUGGAAGACCAUGGUAUGCCAAUGGAUGACAGUCAAUUUAAUCUGCUGACAGAAAAGCUAGGGUUACCAGAUGGAGGAUUAAAAAGGCCAGAAGCUACUCUAUGUAGCUGCCCAAACCACAGAGUAAAUGAUGCUAAAUAUCACUAUGUGACUGCUGAAGAAUGUCUCAUUUGCAACACAGUGAUCUUAAUCGAGUUGUUUUCCAGCUUUUCUACAUUUGCUUAUUAUUUUCUUAACCAUGACGGUAUCAUCAACAUGCUUGACUUUCGGCAAUUCUUGAACAGCUUUCUGCUUCAUAUUAGAGAUGAGGAAUUCCUGCAACUACUUGUUCUGUUGGGAAGACACUUGACCUCCACAUUAAAUUACCAAGAAUUCUGUCAACUGUUCCACACCCGAGAAACUAAGGAGACGGAGCCCUCAGCAAAGGCUGCCAAGGCCCAGAGCCCCAAGAGGUCAGAAGUGGCUGAGUUUGCAGUGCUACAUUAUCCAGGAGCCAAGUUCUGGUUUGCUUGUGCCAUGGGUGAAAAAAAAGAGAUGAUAAGGGAUGCAGAGCUAGCUUGUGAUCACACUCAUUACUACCUUGUUAUCAAAGCAAGAACCAGAUGGCAUGACCUAGCAAGGAAUUUUCAGAAAUUCGACAGUGAAGGACACGGCAUCAUACAGCCGAGGGACUUGAAGAAAGUCUUGUUCAGGUUUGACAUUACAAUCACCCCAGAAGAAUUUAAGCAGCUUUGGGCAAGGUGUGAUCCACAUGCAAAAGGAUAUCUUAAAGAAUUUUUAGAGAAACUGAGGAUAGAGUUUGCAUCCGCUGACACAGGGCUCAGCAGACACAUCACGGAAGACAGCUAUGCACAUUUACAAUCACAUUAUAAUAAUCAACAAAAGAAGCAUUCAAAGCGGGAAGAGCAGCAGAAACAGCAAACUAAAGCUCUGCAUGUAAGAGAAAUGAAAAAGCAGACCGAAGAUAAAUUUAGGGAUUGCUUCCAGUAUUUCAAUAAGGUCUUUCAUAAAGUGGAUAAAAACGGAGAUGGCUAUGUAACAGUAUGUGACCUGCACAGGAUACUACAAGAAUUCAACUAUUACCUUGAUCACAAUCAGUUCAGCAGUCUUCUAAACAGGAAAUUCCGUGAACUGCCUGCACCGGCUGUAUACUGGGUGCAGCCUGACCACAAGCAAUCGGAAAUGAUGGACACAGAGCACCACGAGGCGACGGCAGCAGCUGUUGGGCUAAAUGUACCAGCCCCUUGUGCAGCUCAGUGGGCACACCAAAGGAGGGAUGGCCAGGGCCUGAGAUACAGCAAGGCUGAGUCCCACCAAGAACCUGUAAAACAGUUCUCUAGUGGCUGCCAAGCCAGACGGAGUGAAGUACAGGUUGGGAGGGAAGGAAUCAGCAUUCGUGACAGCAAACUCUCUUAUUUUGAUUUCCUGAGAGCAAUUGAUGAUGGCAGAGCAUCUAAACACUAACAGAGACAAAAGCAGGCUGCACCACCUGCAAGCUUUGCAGCGCUCGGCUUAGAACAGACGCUAAUUAAAAUAAAAGAAAUAGUUGCAUCAUCUUAUGAUUUGUUGUACAAGGCAUUUUCUCUAUUUGAUACAGAAGACACUGGAGUAAUUAAAGCACUGGAAUUUCAGCAAGUACUUGACCAUUUCUGCUUUAAAUUAUCAGACAAGCAGUUUAGGCACCUUCUCAAGAACCUUAACCUUUGUGAGGACUUCACAACUGACGAAGGGCAAAAAGUCAUUCUGCCUAAAUCUUCUGGGGAGCUGUCAGAGAGAGGCACCCUCUCACAGGUACAAGAAGUAGUGGCUGCUGGCUUUAACACAGUUGCAGAAGGGUUUAAAGAUAUUGACUCUUCAAAAGACAAUACAGUAUCAAAAGAGGAGUUCUGGGAUCUAUGUAACUGACAUUUUCGGCAGCUGACUGAAGAACAAGUUAGAAAACUAUAUUAUUUUGUUGUGUUAGUUUACGUGUACUACUGGUGUCCCAGCCAUAGGAACAUCUGGCCUCUAGUAAGCGGCAUCCACUGCAUGAUUGUUCCAGGGGAAAUUAACCAAAUAACGACAAAAUAUGAUUUAAAGACAAAUGGAAGAUUUGCAUACUGUGAUUUAUUUCAGAGUUGUAUCUUGUUGUUAAAACCAUGGGAAAACUCACUGCUACCUACACAGCGUGAUUAUGCAGAAGCCACAAAAGCCAAUAGAGACUCUGGUGACAUGUGCAACUGGCACAAACAGGGCACUAUCAACUUACCUGAUUACAAUAACAAAUACCAGGAGAGUGUUCUUCAUGACUACAGCAUCAAUCUACCUGAAGAGGAGUUAUUCAACAUGUUGGAAUACUAUGAUAAAACUUUGUCUUCAAAAGUAUCCUAUAAUGAUUUUCUCUGGGCAUUCAUACAGUAG